GCGGCCGCGUCCCGGCUGCGCUCCCGCGCGCAGUCCCGCAGUCCCGCAGUCCCGCAGUCCCGGCGGCCGGAGCUCGCGUCCGGGUCUGCGCACCAGCUCUCUGGCUCGAGCUCUGUGGAGUCCCAGGACUGCGGCAGCGCACGCGGAGUGGCUUUGGGAGGUGUCUGGAGGCGGUGGGGGCCGGAGUGAGCUGGCGGCAUGGGCCAGGCAGCCUGGAAGGGGUUCGUCCUGUCGCUGUUCGACUACAAGACUGCAAAGUUCGUUGUCGCCAAGAGCAAGAAGGUGGGGCUGCUCUACCGGGUGCUGCAGCUCACCAUCCUGCUGUACUUGCUCAUAUGGGUGUUUCUGAUAAAGAAGAGUUAUCAGGACAUUGACACUUCCCUGCAGAGUGCUGUGGUCACCAAGGUCAAAGGGGUGGCCUAUACCAACACCACGAUGCUUGGGGAACGGCUGUGGGACGUAGCCGACUUUGUCAUCCCGUCUCAGGGGGAGAACGUUUUCUUCGUGGUCACCAACCUGAUCGUGACUCCUAGCCAGCGGCAGGGCAUCUGUGCUGAGCGUGAAGGCAUCCCUGACGGUGAGUGCUCUGAGGACACUGACUGCCAAGCCGGGGAGUCUGUUGUAGCUGGACACGGGCUGAAAACUGGCCGGUGUCUGCGGCUGGAGAACAAUGCUACCCGGGGCACUUGUGAGAUCUUCGCCUGGUGCCCAGUAGAGACAAUGUCCAUGCCAACGGAGCCCCUCCUAAAGGACGCUGAAGGCUUCACCAUCUUCAUAAAGAACUACAUUCGCUUCCCCAAGUUCAACUUCUCCAAAGCCAACGUGCUAGAAACAGACAACAGAAAUUUCCUGAAGACCUGUCGCUUCAGCCCCAACAACCUCUACUGUCCCAUCUUCCGGCUGGGGUCCAUUGUCCGCUGGGCAGGGGCUGAUUUCCAAGACAUAGCUCUGAAGGGUGGUGUAAUAGGAAUCCAUAUCGAAUGGGACUGUGACCUUGAUAAAGCUGCCUCUAACUGUAAUCCACACUAUUAUUUCAACCGUCUGGACAACAAACAAACAAAAUCUGUCUCCUCUGGGUACAACUUCAGGUUUGCCAGGUAUUACCGUGACCCUAAUGGGGUAGAGUUCCGAGACCUAAUGAAAGCCUAUGGCAUCCGCUUUGAUGUGAUAGUUAAUGGCAAGGCAGGGAAAUUCAACAUCAUCCCCACAGUCAUCAACAUAGGUUCCGGGCUGGCACUCAUGGGUGCUGGGGCUUUCUUCUGUGACCUGGUACUCAUCUAUGCCAUCAGAAAGAGUGAGUUUUACCGAGACAAGAAGUUUGAAAAAGUGAGGGGUCAGAAGGAAGAAGCCAAUGUUGAGGUUGAGGCCAAUGAGCUGGAGCAGGAGCCGCCAGAGAACAAGCCACUGGAGGGAGUUCAGCAGGACGAACAGCUGCCAGAGCUUGCCCAGAGUGGCAGGAAGCAGAACAGCAACUGCCAGGAGAUCUUUGAGCUUGCCAGGUCUGGCCUCCAGGAGAACACCAUCCUGUACUCGAAGCAGCCACAGAUCUUGCAAACAGUGAGGACGUAGCCAGAGCUCUUGGCAGACAACAGAUUCAAAGAUGAUGGGGCCAGGACAGGCCGCAGCUCUGAACUGGGAAGAAGCAUCUUGGCGCUUGCUCAGGAUAGGGCUUCUGGGAACAGCCCCCUCAACCCCAUCCAGCUUGGGUGGGAUCCUUUUGCAGCUUUUUGUUGUGUGGAGGGCUCCGGGUGGCCAGAGUGGCUUAGAUACAGAAAGGAGGCACAUGGGCAGGAUGAGGGCUUCAGUGGUACGAGACUGUUUACCUGAACCAGCUGGACAUGCAUUUAUUCAUACAGUCAGUACACAUGUAUCAGUGCAUGCUGAACUUUAAUCCUAUCUGAGAGGCUUAAAUGAGACGCUGACCUGGCCCUAGGGUGGGGCACAUACAUGUCACUCUCACCAAAGACAUCACAGCCAGCCCAGACAGUCUGGCCUUCCUUCAGCCUCUAGCCAAGACUUUGACAAGUCCCUGCAGAGAAUGAUGGUUAUUAAAAAAAAAAAAAAAAACACAAACAAACAACAACAACAAAAAAAAACAACAAAACUGUUGGAUGACAUCCAGGGGACAUUUAGCUCUACCCCAUAUGUAAAAUUUAAAGGUGGCCAAGGCGGCACCUGGAAACUCCUGGAGCUCCAGGUGACCCAGGGGAGGGAAGGCAGGUAAGCCACUAGCUCGUUCUCUGAGAAACAGACUUGCCUGUGUGAUUCGGCUCUUGCUGCUUGGCGGGUCCCUGACUGACUUGUUUCUGCUUUCGAAGCUCAGCCUGGAUGCACUGAUGUGAUAAAGGGUAACACCCGGA